ACUUGGAACUGGCUUGACCACUGACGUCACUUCACUCACUACCUUGCAAUAUGGUAUUCUUUUCUUCUUUUCUUUUUUUUCAUUUGCCCUUUUUGUCCAGUGUUUCCUUUCCUUUCCUUUGGUCUGUCUUUUACGUCUAGCCUAGAGCCCGGGGUCCCGUGCAGCCACUGAAACGCCGCAAUAAUUUGCCGCCAAGUGUGUUGCUUUCAACCCUCACCAUUGAUAGUCGUCGGUAAAAACUGGUCAAAACUGGUUAAACCCACCCCCAGAUGUGUGGAACUCGCAGACGCCACCGUUUCCGAUCGCCACUUUCGGCUCUCGAACCUGACAGCUUUUUUACUCUCUUUUAUUUAUUUUCAUCGAACUUUCCCUCAAUCGUCAGUUUCUGACAAAAGCACCGAUUUAACCAACACGAACGCCUGAUUCAAUCAAUCGCCUGGCCAAUUGGUCGCCAAGCUUACCCCUUCUACAUCAUCUGAUUGAGCGACUUUGCCUGAACCGAGAAUAACAUGCACGGCCUCUAGCAGGCCACUCCUAACUUUGACAUGGAAACCAACGCUCUACCCCUCGCCGACCCGGCCAUGUUCCCCACUCCCCCAGAGGAAGAUCGCUUUAACCUCAACGAAUUCAGCGGCUCCUUGUCCGAAGACAGCGAUUCACGACCGCAUAAAUCCUCGGCGGCUGAACCUUUCGAUUCUGCUCUGGGUCGUAUUUACCGCUAUACCCCCGUUCCGACCCUCGUCUUAGAUCCCUCCCUACACAUCGUCGAAGUGUCCGAGAGUCACCAAACGCUUUCUGAUCAGCCCAGAGAUCGGUGGCUCGAUCGCUCCAUCUGCGAUGUCUCCCCUCGUCUGAUCCCUGCCCCUGACUUUGCGACCCUGUACGGUGUGUUACGCGUGGCUACUUCUACCCGCAGCGUACAAGUGAUAGAUGGGUUCCACGUCGAGGAGUGUCGGGGAUACUACUCGCUGCGUGUCACGCCCAUCUUUGAAGGGUUUACGCUGCUCUACGUCGUUCUGGAGGCCCACAAUGUCACCAAGGACUACAUUCAGUCGGUAGGCAAUCGCAACGCUUACCUGAGUGAGACCUACAAGAUUCUGCUGGACACGGUUCGAGAUUACGCCAUCUUCAUGCUGGAUACUCGCGGGAACGUUGCCACGUGGAAUUCGGGCGCCGCCGUCAUCAAAGGAUACUCGGCCUCGGAGAUCAUCGGGAAGCAUUUUUCGGUCUUUUACGGCGAGGAAGACCGGGCGUCGGACAAACCGGGGAGGGAGCUGGAUGUAUGCCUGCGCGAAGGCAAAGUGGAAGACGAAGGAUGGCGGUACCGCCAGGAUGGGUCGCGUUUCUGGGCCAACGUCUUGAUCACUCCGAUCUACCAAUUUGGCCGACAUGUGGGUUUCGUCAAGGUGUCCCGUGAUCUGACCGAGCGCAAAGCGGCCGAAAGUCGGAUGAUCGCCGCGUUUGAGGAGUCGUCCAAGAUGAAGACCGACUUUCUGGCGAAUAUGAGCCACGAGAUCCGGACGCCGAUGAACGGCAUGAACCUAGCGCUAGCCAUGCUCACGGACACGGACCUCAACGAACAGCAGCGGGAGAUGGCGUCCAUCAUCCAGGACUCGACAUCGAUCCUGCUGGAAGUCAUCAACGACGUGUUGGACUACUCGAAACUUUCCUCUGGGUCCUUCUCUUUGACCGCCGAUGUGCUCGACAUCAAGGCUGUAUUGGCGGCUGUUACCCGGAAUUGUAAUUCUUCUUUGAAGCCGGGCGUCAAGCUGAUCAACUCCAUCGCCCCCGAAGUUCCGAAGCAUCUUCGUGGUGACCCGUUGCGAUACCGGCAGGUGCUCCAGAAUAUGAUCAGCAACGCUGUCAAGUUCACGGACGAAGGCUAUGUGAAAGUCAUUACGUCGUGCUUGACGAAGGAGAAGAAUCCACAAACGUACGAAAUCUUAACCGAGGUAAUCGACACCGGGAUCGGUGUGCCAGAGGAGUCCGCCAGUACGCUCUUCACUCCGUUCACGCGGUUUGCGGACUCGUCCACAAAACGAUACCAAGGCACAGGAUUGGGCUUAUCGAUCUGCAAGAGCCUCGCCGAACUCAUGGACGGCGCGGUGGGAUUUCGACCCAACCCGGAAGGCCGUGGCAGUGUGUUCUGGUUCACGGCCAAGAUGAGCUGCUCGGGUGCGACCGGAAAGGACACCCUCCCAGGGACGGUGGCCCAGGAGGACGCCAAGCAACUCGAGGCGAAGGUAAAGACUAUUGCUCCCCAGAAGCAAUUGAUGCUGGUGGAGGACAAUCUGGUCAACCAAAUGGUGAUGCUGCGACUGCUGAAGAAGCUGGGAUUCGAGCGGGUUGACACCGCCUGGAACGGCGCCGAGGCGGUGCGGCUGGUCAAGCAGACGCCAUUGUCGUACAAUGCCAUACUAAUGGACAUCACCAUGCCAGUCAUGGACGGGAUGGAAGCGACAACGUGCAUCCGGAACAUGAACAUCGACGUGCCCGUCAUCGCGCUGACAGGCAACGCUUUGGAAGGGGACGAAGAAACCUAUUUGGCCAAAGGGAUGAAUGAUUACCUUGCGAAGCCGGUCCACCGCAAUCAGCUCACCCGGACGCUGCUGAAGUGGAUUGGCCCGUGAUCUGUAUUGAUCGUCUACUUUUUAAUUUUCCCGCAUUCAUUCUUUGGAGACCCCUUCAGUGCAUGUUGACACGGUGUGGCUGUCUUGUGAAAUCGGUCUUUUGGAUAUCAUGGCCAGACUCGACAACACGCCCUUCGCACGUCGACUGUCAUCUUUCGACCCCUAUAUUUCCCCCAUAUUUGCAUGACUCCUGGCGGUUGGCGUUUAAUGGUUGCAUAUGAUACCCGAGCAGGGAAGAGGGUAUUUACGAAGAGAGUAGUUGUGGACUAUUGGAGGUUAUCUCCGAAGACUAUCGGCCAUUAGCACGUGGGCGGACUGGCCGGCUUAACCUUAAUCGCUUUUUCUCCAUCGCGUCUCUCUCCACUUCGUUCUUUCUCGUUCUCCACUCUUUUCGACCCCAUACACGAUGACGACGCUCUCCUUCUUCCAUCACUCCGGGUUCGACUUACCGCAAGUAAUGCACAGCCACUGGAAUUUUCUC